UUGUUAUAGUUCAAAAAGACGGUGGUACACAAUUAAAACUAGUUAUUGAUUAUGGCGACAACAUGCAGGCAUUGUUUAAACCGAUGCGGUUCCCGCGAGAACAACAGACAUUGCCAAAUCAUUUCUAUUUCACAGACUUCGAGAGGCAUACCGCUGAAAUCGCAUCUUUUCAUCUGGACAGGCUUUUAAGAUUUCGCAGAGCAAUGCCGGUAAAUGGUCGAACCCUUAAUGUUACAACGGAAAUUUACCAGAUUGCCGACAGUGAACUGCUUAAAACGUUCUUCGUGAGUCCGGCCGGCAACCUGUGCUUCCACGGCAAAUGUAGUUAUUAUUGCGAUACGGCACAUGCUGUUUGCGGCAGUCCCGAUACUUUAGAGGGUAGCUUUGCCGCUUUUUUACCAGAUAAAGCUUUUGCGGCCAGAAAAGCUUGGCGGCAUCCUUGGCGUAGAAGUUAUCAUAAACGGAAGAAGGCGCAAUGGGAACAUGAUUCCGAUUACUGCACUUUGGUAAAAGAAAUUCCACCAUAUAAUGAAGGUCGACGAUUGCUUGAUCUUAUGGACAUGGCAGUCUUCGAUUUUUUAACAGGCAACAUGGAUCGCCAUCAUUAUGAGACAUUUAGAAUUUUUGGAAACGAUAGUUUUACAUUACAUUUGGAUCAUGGAAGAGGUUUUGGAAAACCUUUUCAUGAUGAAAUGUCUAUUUUAGCACCUCUUUUACAAUGCUGUAUUAUCAGACGAACUACUUUAAGUACUUUACUCCGGUUUUCCAUGUCCAAUACUUUGGACGUCCGCGAAAUCCAGACAGCUGGACAUCGGAUUUAUCGUCCAACCUGUAAAAACGCGAAUCCGCAUCAAAGCAAGAAUUCACGAACGCGUCCCAGUAAUUCUAUUUCCAUAAUGGACCCACACGGCUCAGUAUCGCCAUGCGACAAAGUAUGGCAAAAGAUCCUGUGGCUCCCGUCUUAUGGGAACCCCAUUUAGAUGCCCUAGACCGGCGAAUAAACAUUAUUCUACAAGCCGUCCGUGACUGUAUUGCCCGUGAAAACUCUUCGCAACAAGUCG